AUGAGUGUUGGUUCCAGCAUCAGAGCAGUGAAGGGACAGGAUGACCAGGAUGUGAAGGAACUCAGAGUCUCCCAAUGCUCCUGUGUAGUUCAUUCAGACCAGGCCAAGUUUUCUUGUAGGGAAAGCAAGACCAGGGCACAGUGGGUCACUCCUGCAAUGUUAGCAUUCUGCAAAGCUGAGCCAGGAGGAUUUCUGAGGGAGCUCUCCUAUUUUGGAGUGAAGGUGGCUAUCAUAGAACCUGGUUUCUUCCAGACUGCUAUUUCAAGUAGUGACAGGCAUUUUUCACAUAACAAGAUGCUGUGGGAGCAGACCAGCUCAGAAGUCAAAGAGAUCUAUGAUGAGAAGUUUUUGUUAUCCUAUGAAACAACGAUAAAGUUAUUGGACAAACUGUGCAACAAGGACCUCUCCUUGGUGACGGACUGCAUGGAGCAUGCGCUGACUUCCCGUCACCCCCGGACCCGAUAUUCAGCUGGUUGGGAUGCCAAGCUCUUCUACAUCCCUUGGGUGAAGGAGCGUGUUGGGAACAGAGGACUCUGGGGCCUGGUCAACAAUGCUGGCAUCUCCAUCCCCUCGGGUCCCAAUGAGUGGCUGAACAAAGAGGAUUUUGCAAAGAUACUGAAUGUGAACCUGUUGGGCGUGAUCGAGGUGACUCUGAGCAUGCUGCCCUUAGUGAGGAAGGCCAGGGGCCGUGUGGUCAAUGUCUCCAGCGUCAUGGGUCGAGUGUCUUUCUUUGGUGGUGGUUACAGCAUCUCCAAGUAUGGUGUGGAGGCCUUCUCAGACUCCCUCAGGAGGGAGCUCUCCUAUUUUGGUGUGAAGGUGGCUAUCGUAGAGCCUGGCUUCUUCUGGACUGGUGCUUCCAACAGUGACAUGCAUUUAUGUAAUGCUAAGAUGCUGUGGGACCGGGCCAGCUCAGAAGUCAAAGAGGUGUAUGGAGAGAAGUUUCUGGCAUCCCAUCUGACAGAGCUAAAGUCACUGGACCAAAAGUGCAAAGAGGACCUCUCCUUGGUGACGGACUGCAUGGAGCAUGCGCUGACUUCCCGUCACCCCCGGACCCGAUACUCAGCUGGUUGGGAUGCCAAGCUCUUC